AUGUCAAUGAGACCCACUCGUUGCAUAGAUGCUAAACCUGGUCCGAAGAUGCAAAAGUUCUUCAGAACACUCAUGUCUGACCAGAGGGAGUACGGUCAUGAAGAGGUCAUACAGAUCUUCGAUCAGUGUGUACCAAAGCCUGAGAAUCCAGACGAACUCUUCAUGUAA